AGAGGGGAGUGAGGAGCGCGAGACAGAGUGUGUGUGGAAGUCCUUGCCCGCCAAACAAACCAAAAUCACUCCGACAAUAGCCUCUUAGAACGUUUCCUCUUCUCCGAACCCCCAGAAUUUCCCACCCAAAUUCCAACGAGAGGCUCUACCUUCGAGGCUAUCUCACUGAUUCCCUCAAACUUCCCCACAAUGACUCAGCCAUCGGUGCCUCCGCCGCCGUUGGCCCCGCCGUCGUCCCAUGUCGGACAAGGUGUCCAAGUGCGCUGUGCUGGUUGCCGUAUGAUCCUGACGGUGGCGCCGGGGCUGACGGAGUUCGCUUGCCCAACCUGUCGAAUGCCGCAGAUGCUUCCCCCGGAGCUUAUGGGUAGGGCCCACCAGAAACCGUCUCAUUACUCACCCUUGCCUCUUCCGUCGUCGCAGCAGUCUCACGUGCCGGCACACGGCAUUGAUCCCUCUAAGAUCCAGCUUCCUUGUGCUAGCUGCAAGGCUAUCCUCAAUGUCCCUCCUGGCCUCGCAAGGUUCGCUUGCCCGCAAUGUGGGGUUGACCUCGCCGUUGAUAUCUCUAAGGUCAAGCAGUUCUUCCCUUCUGGGCCUCCUCCAGAAGAAGUCAACGAGUUAGCUGUUGAAGUGGAGCGUGAUGAAGAUGAUGGCGGUGGCCUGGUUGGAGAAACCUUUAUGGAUUAUCGGCCACCAAAAGUAUCUAUUGGACCUUCACACCCAGACCCUGUUGUGGAAACAUCAUCUUUGUCUGCAGUGCAGCCUCCUGAGCCUACCUAUGAUCCAAAGAUCAAAGAAGAUUUGGAAAGUUCAAAGGCCUUGUCAUGCUUACAAAUUGAGACAUUGGUCUAUGCUUGUCAGAGACAUCUACAGCACUUACCCAACAGUGCUAGGGCAGGAUUCUUAUUGGGGAUGGAGCUGGUGUUGGUAAGGGGUCGAACAAUUGCAGGGCUAAUAUGGGAGAACUGGAACCAUGGAAGGAGAAAAGCACUGUGGAUUUCUGUUGGUUCUGACUUGAAGUUUGAUGCCAGAAGAGACUUGGAUGAUGUUGGUGCAACUUGCAUUGAAG